AUGUUUGGCACAUAUCCCGCCUUGGCAAAUCUGCCAACAGGUGUCAAGGUCGAUCCGAAGGAUGUGCCCCCUCCAACGCCCGUCACCCUUCCUCAGAGCCGACCCCAGCUGCAUGCCCCCCUGGCGCCUGCCGGCCAAACGAAGCCAUUGACUUCGGUCUUGCAAAGCGUAUAUCGCCCCGGAGACGUCACAUCCGCCGUCUUCAACGCAUUGGGCGUACACCUCAUCCCGGACGUCCCUCCCGCAGACCUGAUCCCGGACUCGGCUUGCCUGCCCGACUUUGAGGGAUGGGACCAGCUCUCCCCAGAUGAAGCAAGUGAGAAGAAUGCAGAGACGCGCAACCUUUUGAACAACGGCGUUCAGUCUCCUGGUUGUCAGACCUACCUCGACCGUAAGCGUGAGCUAUCUCAUUCCAAUGAGGAUGCCUUCCGAACAGUAAGGCGCAUCCCCGCCCCCAAGGGCCAACAGCAGGCACGCCUUGGAAACUCGUACGAGUUUUUCAGAUGCCUCGAGGCCUUCACUCCUUACUGGGACGAUACUUCCAACCCCGCAAAGCCCCACGGAGAGACGGAUGGAGACAAGACCGUCGUCGAUACGGACAAGUCUGAGCGGGCCAACCCGUCGACCCCGGCCUACCAACGUGUCAUCCGCAGCUCGGCCGGUUCAUCGAUGCCUGGCGAGUGUCGCCAGAGCCUUCUGACAGCCUUUCUGAAGCUCGUGGCAUAUGACUUUGGCUGCAACGUUUCCGCUCCCCGAACCGAGCCCCGUCUGCACAUUACGGCCGCACCCCCGCCUUCGCAGCCGUCCAAGCAUCAGGUUGAACCUCAGGCCCCGAGAAGCUCCUACUUUGCUUCUGGAUGUAUCUUCAUCUUCCGCACCCCGAGGACGCGCGAAGCUGCUCGGCAAGGUGUGGUGGAAGGUCCUCUGGCCGCCGUCUCUGCCCGCGCAACCAUCUCAUUUGAAAGCAAAAACGACCAGGACAUCGAUCUGGCACGUGAGCUGGUAGCUGCCCUCGUCACGGCACAGCAUCGUGCGAGAGAGGGCAAGACAGAGAAGCGGUUUGGUGAUGGUGCUUGGUGGACUACCAAGCCCCGUUGGGGGGGAGGUCCUGGAGGUCCCAUCGGCCGCGAGGUUGAGAGGGAUGCCAUCCAGGGCGACAAGGACAACGUCAACGCCGGGACGGGACAGCCCGCCAGUAAGCGACCGCGCAAGAACAUGUCCAUCUACGACAACUACCGUAUGGUCCGCCCACCCUCGGCCAGCUGGGACCAUAAGACUCGCUACGAGGCCAUUGGCAAGGUUAAAGGAGCUGGCUACGACGACAUUUAUGUUAUUAGCUCCCUGUUCCACCACAUCAGUAUCCUGCGCGUGCGUGUGCCGGAGCGCCUUCUGGAAGUACUUGAAGGUGCGGACGAGGGUGGCGUCCACCGCAGUUGGGGCCAGUUGGAAGCGCGUCGCAGUCCCUGGUACGACUUUUUCGUGUUGGAGCAGCGUCUUGACGCCAUGAAGUUGGUUUGGUCGUUGAUGGCCUGGCUCAUGAGAAAGGAAGAGACAACGGCCGAGAAGACAGGAGAGGAUGUCAAGAUGACUGGUGCGUAA